ACCAGACUUACCCAAAACAAGCCGAGCGACAUCAGACGGUAGCAACAUGACCGACUAAUUGUUGGUAAAAGCGGCCUCAAAUGUGAACAGGAAACUCCAUGUUCAGAAAAAGUCUCCGAGAAGCUCAAAAACGGACUGAAAUGAAACCACGUCAGUGAUAUUAUUGUGAAGGCGACGUCUUCACAAUACUGCUUCUAUACUCAAAAGGCGGGGAACUCAAGCACGUAUAACCCGGAAGUACAAAGACCAAGCUAUUGAUUAGAAUUGUGGUAGUUGUAGUCCAAAUAGAAAAAAUCUAUCUGGAUAACAUUCUAUAGUUUUUUACAUAUAUAUACUUCAAUUUAUAGGUUGAACGUGACUUUAGCAGGUCGUAUACCACUGCAAUAACACCAUUCCUAUUAAAAACAUUAGGUUUAUUUUCAUGCUGAUAGAAAAGUGAAUGGACUCACUCAAUACCAGGUAUGAGAAGGAAGUGAUGUGAGGAGCUGAGCCUUGCUGCUGGGGCGGGAAUAUUUUAUGCGUGGGUUACGUGUGCGUGCGUGUGUGUGGCUCUACAAGAUGGCAAAGUUGUUAUGGCAGGUACAGUAGCUGUGUGCCUUACCUCAGCUAACAUCUGCACCUGCGCGUGUGACAACUCCGUAACUGCAAUCGCUGCAGUCAUCUGAGUGUGUACAUACGGUGAGGCACAAUGAGCCUGGUUCUUCAUGAUCUCCUGGCCUGCUGCAGAGCUCUCGAGAAUGACAAAGCUACAGAGAGGAAGAAAGAAGCUGAGCGCUUCAGACGGCUCCUCCGAUCUCCAGAGAUUGUGCAAGAACUGGAUCGUAACUCAUCAGCUAAAGCAAAACCUUCCAAGCAACUCACAUGGGAUGCUGUUUUCAGGUUUCUGCAGCGCUAUGUCCAAAAGGAGACGGAAAGCAUGCAAUCAAGCAAAUCCAACGUCACAGCAACCACGCUGGCCACGCGGCAGAAGAAGAUGGCUGAAAUAUGCAGCCUGAUCAAAUACUUCAUUCGCUGUGCUAACAAACGCGGGCCUCGUCUGAAGUGCAGUGAGCUGCUGAAACAUGUGCUGGAGGUUCUGCAGAGUUCGUACUGCUGUUCAGCCUAUGGAGAAGAUUAUAGCAGCCUCCUUGUAAAGGACAUCCUCUCUGUCCGCAAGUACUGGUGUGACAUCACUCCACAGCAGUGGCAAGAUCUUUUGGACUUGUACUGUGGUUUGUUCAACUCCUCGUCCAGACCCAUCAACCGCGUUUUGGUGAGCAGAGUGAUCCACACGGUGGUGCAGGGCUGCUGCAUGCAGACCGAUGGAUUCAAUGACACGCUGUUCAGCUUUUUCUCCAAAGCACUGCUUAAUGUCAGGCAGGAGAAACACUUGGCUGUUUUGGAGCACCUCGUCUCAGCUCUGAACAUCUUCUUGAGAUCUGCAGCUAUGAAUUGUAGGAUGAGGCUGUGUCGACUGGGAGAGGAGCUUCUGCCUUCCAUACUGUACGUCUGGGCAGACAUGAGGCCCAGUCCAGCUCUCAAAGAGGAGAUUGUGGAGUUCUUCAACCUACAGAUUUGUGUCCACCACCCCAAAGGAGCCAAGACACAGGAUACAGGUGCACAUGCUGAGGACUGGUCCAAGUGGCGGAGUCUGCUGUACAACCUCUACAACGCGUUGGUCAGGGAGAUUGGUCACAUAGGCAGCAGAGGGAAGUACGUCACAGGGACCAGACACAUAGCCGUCAAAGACAAUCUCAUUGAGCUUACGGCUGACAUCUGUCACCAGCUGUUUAAUGAUGACAGUGACACCCACAUCGUGGAUGUCACCCAGGCCUCCAUCAGAGCCACACAGAUGGGCAGUCCCACCCACGGAGCUGCCAGCAAGCGCCGGCGUAUCGAAAUGGGCUGGGAGGUCCUCCGUGAGCAUCUGCAGCCUCAGCACAGUGACUUUGAUGUCAUACCGUGGCUGCAAAUCACCACAGCGCUUACCUCUAAGUACCCAUACAUGGUGCCUGGACGCGAGCUGGUCUCACUGCUGUCAGUGUUGCACCAGCUCCUGGCAGAGCAGCGGAGGGGAGAGAGGGGUGUGUAUGUGCUGCGCUGUCUGAGGGAGGUGGCCCGGUGCCAGGCUCGCUACCCAGAGAGAGCCCAGGUCUACAGGACGGAGCUGGGAAGGCUCUGGGUUAAGGUAUGGGGCCUGGCAGUGCGUGGGGUCAGCUCGUCCCCGACAGAGUCCCUCAGCCUGGACCUGCUGGCCUCCAUCAUCCAGGGAGGACUGAUUAAUGUGGACAGAGACUUUUGGAAGCUUUUAUCUGGAUCUGUAUGCAAACCGUCCAAGAGUGCUGCACUCUGUCUUGCCCAGGCCCUGCUAAAGUGUCCGGUCCCAAAAAGUCUCAUCUCAGCAUCAGGCUGGGACUUUGCAGGGGCCACAGAAGGAGCCACAUCACCUAAUAUGAAGGAGAGCUUCAUAGCUUGGAUGCUGAUGAGCGACCAGAGUGAUGAGAUGGAGGACAGCUCCAGACCUCACCCCAUCAUUUGCAGAGACUUUCCUCACAAUCUUAUAGCGAACAUCUUGGUCUCUCUUACUAUGAAGGACGCCAGAGUCGGCCUAAAGUUUCUGCUGGGUACUCAUGGCAUAGAAAGUGUCUUUUCUCAAGAGCAAAUACCCUCUGAUGCCAAAGACAACCUGGAACAGAUCGAGAGACUGUACCAGCAGUUCAGCUUCAACACGUUGCCGUCAGAAGUCCGCAGAUUUGACCAGUCGGCGAGGACGGCGUCAGCUGACAGCCGGUUUGCUGCUGUCCCCGGCCUCAGAAACAAGUUGGAGCAGUCCCUGCUCUGCGUGGCUGACAAUUUACUCAACUGCUUCUCUCCUGAAUCUCAGUCCACUCCUCCAGAGUGUCUGGUGCGUUGUUUCAGUCAGCUGACCGCUGUUUUGGCAGCUUACGUCUCCACUGGGUUUCUGACUGAGGAGGAGGCCUGCCGAUCGCAGCUCUUCGGUAGAGCAAAGGCCCUCGCCCAGGACUUCAGCGGGUUUGUUUCAGGGGUGAAAGUAAAAAUGACAGAGGAAGGGACCAUGGGCACCCUGAGGUCUGUUAUGAAGCUUUGCACACAGUCUGCCAGCAGAAAAAACAAGGAAAAUAUUUGUCCCACCUCCUCUGGUUUCUUUAUAAUGAUUCUGCCAGCCAGCCUCCUCAGCGAGCUGGCGGAAAUCUGCAAAAUGUUGAUAAGCACUGCUGCCAGGAGAGUCACUGUCAUGGAUGAGGAUGACCCCAUGGAUGAUGAAUGGGAAAUGACCAGAACUCAGCAAGGCCAUGAUGUUGACUUAUUUGAUGAUGGUGAAGAGCCCCAGAGCAGCACCAACGGGAACCACAGGCCCAAAGGAGACAACACUGACACUUCCUGCGGCCCAGGUGCGAAAAGCCUUCUAUCAGAAGAUCAUCUGGCACAGCAGGACCUGGCUCUCCUCGCAGUGUUGGAGUUCCUGUGCGAGUGCGGCUCGGUCCAGCCCGUCCACGGCCUGCUUUUCAAACCCCAGGAAGUGCGGCGCAAGCUGCUGCUGCUGGUGGAGCAGAUGGACUUCAGUAAAGCCCUGCACCUCAACAUGUAUCUCAUCCUGCUGAAGAAGCUUCCUGCUGAGGACUCGCUCUCCCCGGAGGAAUUUGACUCGCUGCUCCGUCCUCUGGCGGACCUGUGCUCUCUGUAUCGUCAGGACCAGGAGAUCUGUGCUGCUGUACUGAUGAGUUUGUUACCCUCCAUAAAGAGCCUGGGAAAAACCCAUCACAUGCCAGAGGAGAUGAGACACGUGCAAGGAUCCUUGCUGAAAGUGGUGUCCGGAUUCUGUUUCCUGAGCCAUACGGGUAAAUGCGUGGCAUCUGUGCGAGCUGCUUUAGUGCAAUGUCUGGUUGCUCUCCUGGAGGCCGACCCAUGCUGUAAGUGGGCCGUCCUGAGCAUCAGAACUUCUGACGGAGAGGACGACCAUCCCGUGUCUGCUGUCCUUCCAUCUCACCUCGCAGACGCACACCACCAAGUCCGCAUGCUGGUAGCCGUUUCAGUGGAGAGGCUGUUUCUGGACAUGAGCUCAGAGCAACCAGAUAAGAAGAAGAUGCUGCCACUUAAACACCAGCAGAAAGCCUUUGAGAAUGUUUACCUGAAGGCUCAGGAGGGGAUGAAGCUUCCGAGAGGCUGCUCUUCUGAGGACCGGGAGGACGAGAUAUUCAACCGCAAGGCCACCCUGCUCAAGAGCUUGUCAGUCGUACUGUGCUGUAGCCCCGUGUGUGAAAAACAGUCCCUGUUUGCACUCUUUCAGUCUUAUAAAGAAAACGAUAUUGAAGAGCAGCUCAUUAAAAAGAUGUUGUGCAGUGUCUCCAGAGCGCUGGGCUACAAGAGUGUAAAAACAUUCGUCAGCUCUCACCUGAACUACCUGGUGGCCGAGUGGCUCGCACAGAGACAGUCUGAUGACCGCUACACUCUUGGAUCUUUCCCCUACAGUCUACUGGAUCAUGCCACAGUCAAAGAGUUCUAUAACUCUUCCUACCCGGUGCUGAUCCCCCGCCUGGUCUUCCUGGAUGACUUUGAGCAGGUGAAGUCUAUCGGCAGGUCUCUCGACAAAGACUGGAGGGACUUACUGGCAGACUGUUUCCCAAAGAUUAUGGUCAACAUUUUGCCAUACUUUGCACUGCCGGGCCAGGACUCGCAGGUUGCACAGCAGAGAGAGAAGGCCAACAUGGUGUAUGACCUGCUCAAAGAUGCCAGCUGUCUGGGUAAACAGCAAAUCGACAGCCUGAUCCACAGUAACCUGGCUGACAUUGUAGUGGAACUGCUCAUGACUCUGUAUGAAGGAAGUGGAGCUGAAGAAGACAGAGGAGACCUGAAACGCUUUAUUGGAGAGCUAGACCCGGUACCAAAUCCACCAUACUUCAGCUCAUAUGUCAUCAAAGCUACACUGGACUACCUCAGCAAGUGCCACGGUGCCAACCACAAGUCACUGGUAGCCAUUCUGUCAAAAACCCCGAUUUCUAUCCAGAGGAUUCUGCUGGCCGUGUGUGAAAGAGCAGCGGAGACGACCAACAGCUAUGAACGGCACCGCAUCCUCCUCAUGUACCAUUUGUUCGUCAGCCUGCUGCUCAGGGAGGUGAAGGACGGUCUGGGAGGAGCCUGGGCCUUUGUUCUCAGAGAUAUAAUCUACACGCUCAUUCACCAUAUUAACAGCAGACCAGUUCCGUGUGAUGAGGUUUCUACCCGCAGCCUCGCUCUGUGCUGUGACCUGCUGGCCUCCGUGUGUCACGUGUCCCUGCAGGUCUGUGAUGAUGCUCUGGGCUGCCACCUACAGGUCAUCAUUGGAACUCUAACUGCUCAGGUGACCAGCCGACCCUCCAUCUCAGAGCAGGUUCUGAGUUUGCUGCAGUUUCUUGUCAUAGAAAAUCAGCAGACGUUAAAGGAAGCCAUCAGAGGGUUGGAGCCUUUCCCUGAUGUCCCUGAAUUCAGAGAGCUGCGGGCUGUACAGCACAAACUCAAAUAUAACGCUGGCACCUUCAGUCUGAGACAGGAGAUCGCCCACUUCCUGUCAGUGACGUCCUGUGACUCCUUACCUCUGACUAGACUCGAGGGGUUAAAGGAGCUCACCAGACAGCUGCAUGACAACAAAGGACAGAUCAGAGAGCUUCUUAAAGAGUGCCACGCCGACGCGAGCGACAGUGUGCUGGUGAAGCUGGUCCUCAAUCUGCUGCAGCUCUGUAAACUAGCAGCCGGUCACCCUGGAGGAGCUGACAUUCAGGAGGCGGCAGGCAGCUGUUUAGGAGAGCUGGGCCCAGUAGACUUGUCCAACAUCGCCCUUCUCCAUGGCAGAGACCCCCUGUAUGAAAAAGCCGUCUCCCUCUUCGAAUCCACCGAGUCUCAGUGUCUGUACAUCGUCCUCAACUGCACGAACGACGCGCUCACUCAACAGCAAAUCGAGGUGAGACGGGCAGCAGCUCAGUGCCUGAAGAACAUCCUCGCAACUCAGUCAGGAGUCGACUUCUGGGAGCAACACAAAGGGAACAGAGACCCCAUGCUGACUUACCUUAACCCAUUCAGAACAGCCAAGAAUAAGGUGGUUGCUGUGGCUGCCAAGGAGAGCACAGAGGCCAGAGGAAACCUGAAGAGCCAGGAGUUCUGGAUUCCCCAGGCGGGCAGCCAUAAGAGCUGGCUGAAGGCUCUGUGCACAGCGCUGCUGGACAGCGGAGGGGUCAAGUGUGAGGCUCUGCUUUUGUCCCGACCACUCUGCCUGGUGUGGGUGGACUGCUGUCAGAGGUUACUGCCUCUCAUCAUUCACUCCAUUCUUCUGGAUGACUCCGAUGGGUCGUUUAGGGACUUGCUCUCCUCCCACAUUCAGGACUUUUUCAGCUUUUGUUGCAGAAGCGCUCAGGCCUCGAGCCGCUCCGCCACUCCUCUCACGUCUGACUCUGAGUCCGACACUGCGAGCCAGGGCGUGCAUGAUAAGACCUCUCUGCGUACCAUGCUUGCAGUUAUUGACUACCUCAGACACCAGCAGAGGCCACUGGAAGCUGACGGCAAAUCCUUUGGCACAGUGUGCGACUCAAACUUCUGGCUGGAUCUGAACUAUCUGGAGGUGGCCAAAGCCGCUCAGUCCUGCUCAGCUCACUUCACCGCCCUGCUGUACACUGAGAUCUACGUGGACAAGAUCAAAGCUAACAUGGAAGAAAGUCGCAAAACCAACUCCAGAGCAACGCGGAAAAUAAAUUUUGAAGAGAACAGCCAGACCUUCACGAUCUCCAGCCUGACCGAGAAGAGCAUAGAAGACACCAAUAUCAGUCUGCAGGAGCUACUGAUUGAGGUGUAUCGCAGCAUUGGGGAGCCGGAUAGUCUGUAUGGCUGUGGUGGCGAAACCAUGACCAGCCCCCUGACGAGGAUUCGCACCUACGAACACGAGGCUAUGUGGGGAAGGGCCCUGACCUCCUACGACCUUCACUGUACCCUUCCUGAGGUCACUCGGCAAGUGGGCAUCGUGGAGGGUCUGCAGAACUUCGGUCUAAGCAGCAUCCUGGCCACCUACAUGAGGGGUCUCGAGAGCGAAGGGGUCGAGUGGGGAGCUGAGCUGCGAGAUCUUCGCUUUCAAGCAGCCUGGAGGAACACCCAGUGGGAUUUUGAGCUGUCAGAAAGGAGUGAGAAAUCCAAUCCUGGUUUUCACGAAUCUGUGUUUUGUGCCCUGCAAGCACUCAGGAAUAAGGAGUUCUCCAUAUUUGAUGAAACUCUGAAACAGGCCAGGGGUGCCGAGGUGGAAGAGCUACGCAAAGGCAGUCUGGAGGCCGUGUCAUCUCUGUAUCCAGCCCUCAGGAACCUGCAGAGUGUCAGAGAGCUGGAGAGUGUUAAAGAGCUGUUCUCCAGACCCUUCUCAGACCUUAUCCUGAGAGAAGUUUACAGCCAGUGGCGGCACCACUCUCAGCUCCUCGUUGACAGUGACUUUGCUUUAGUGGAACCCAUCCUAGCUGUCCGCUCUGUGGCCCAGCACACCCUGUUGUCCAGGGUGGGAGAGCCCGACAGCAGCCAGUACCUCAGCUCUGUUCUCACUGACCAUCUCAUGGACUUGUGCCGGUUAGCUCGCAAGGCCGGAAACACGCAGCUGGCAGAGCGUGCAGUCUACCAGAUGAAGCAGCAUGCCGGCGGUGGAAGGACCUGGGCGUCGCUACCUGUGUCGUCGUGGCAACUGGAGGAGGCCCAGGUUUUCUGGGCAAAGGGAGAGCAGGGUCUGGCUCUGGGCCUGCUGAGGCAGAUGAUACACAGCCUAGAGAAAAAGGUGGAUUUAAAUCCUGCGUUAGCACCAGUCUACACCGAGUGCCUCAGGCUGUGUGGUAACUGGCUGGCAGAAACCUGCCUGGAAAGUCCUGGAGUCAUACUGGAGAAGUACCUGGAGAGGGCAGUGGAGGUGAUAGAGGGGGAAUCGGGACUUCAGGACUCCAGGCUCCAGAACCAGCGGACUGAGGCGUUUUUAUCUCUGGCCCGCUUCUCUGACGCUCAGUACCAGAGCAUCGACAAAUACAUGAACUCGUCUGAGUUUGAGAACAAACAGGCCCUGCUGGAAAAGGCUAAGGAGGAAGUGGGCUUGAUAAAGGAGCAUAAAGUGACCUCCAACAGGUACACAAUAAAAGUGCAAAGAGAGCUGGAGCUGGAUGAAAAAGCCCUGUCCAACCUGCGGACGGACAGAAAGCGCUUUCUGUGUAAGGCUGUGGAGAAUUACAUCCAGUGUCUGGAGCAGGGUGAGGAGCACGACACCUGGGUCUUCCGGCUGGCUUCCCUCUGGCUGGAAAAUGCUGACAUUAAAGAUGUAAAUGAGAUGAUGAAGAAAGGGGUGAAACAGAUCCCGUCCUACAAGUUUCUGCCUCUCAUGUAUCAGCUGGCCGCCCGCAUGGGAACCAAGAUGGCAACUGGCGUGACGGAGGAUACGGGAUUCCACGAUGUCCUCAAUGAGCUGAUAUGCCGAGCAUCUCUGCAGCACCCUCACCACACGCUCUUUAUCAUCUUCGCCCUGGUCAAUGCCAACAAAGACGAAAACUUUUGCAGGUCCCGGCAAUCUAAGAGUGCUACACGACAGCUCUCGCAGUUUGAUCUGGAGCGUUCGGAUGUCGCUCGGAAGAUCAUCGCCACCAUCAGGAAGAAGCGAGCCGAGAUGAUCCGAGGGAUCGAGCGCCUGUGCGAUGCCUACAUCACACUGGCUUACAUGGAUGCCAGCAGACACAAAACAGAGAAGAAGGCUAUCCCCAUCCCCGCUGAUCAGCCUAUCAUGCAAAUUAGAGACCUUGAGGAGGUCACCAUACCCACAAUGGAAAUUAAGGUGGAUCCGUCCGGUGGUUAUGAAAACCUGGUGACUGUCAGGUCCUUCAUGCCACACUAUCAUCUGGCCGGAGGAGUCAACCUGCCCAAGAUCAUCGACUGCGUCGGCUCUGACGGCAAAAGCAGGAGACAGCUGGUCAAAGGUCAGGACGACCUGCGACAGGACGCAGUGAUGCAGCAGGUCUUCGGCAUGUGCUCCAUGCUGCUGCAGCGCAAUACAGACACUCGCAAGAGGAAGCUCAACAUCAGACGAUACAAGGUGGUGCCUUUCUCACAGCGCAGUGGCGUGUUAGAGUGGUGCUCUGGGACGGUGCCCAUCGGGGAGUUUCUGGUGGAGCCCAAUAAAGGAGCUCACAAACGCUUCCGACCCCAAGAUUGGGCCAACCUAGCCUGCCGGAGGAAGAUGAUGGACGCUCAGAGACUUGCAUUCGACGAGAAGAUGCAGGCCUACAACGAGGUGUGCACGAAGUUCAGGCCGGUCUUUAGGUAUUUCUGCAUGGAACGGUUCCUGGAUCCCGCAGUGUGGAUGGAGAAGCGGCUGGCUUACACUCGCAGUGUGGCCACCUCCUCUAUAGUCGGCUACAUCGUGGGUCUGGGUGACAGACACAUCCAGAACAUACUGAUCGACGAACAGACUGCAGAACUCGUGCACAUCGAUUUAGGUGUGGCCUUUGAGCAAGGCAAGAUCCUCCCCACCCCUGAGACUGUCCCCUUCAGACUCUCCAGAGACAUUGUGGACGGUAUGGGCAUCACUGGAGUGGAAGGAGUUUUCAGGAGAUGCUGUGAGAAGACGAUGGAGGUGAUGAGAAGUUCUCAAGAAGCUUUGUUGACUAUUGUGGAGGUGCUGCUGUAUGACCCUUUGUUUGACUGGACCAUGAACCCCCUGAAAGCUUUUUACCUGCAGCAUGACGAGCAGCAGGAGCUUAACGCAACGCUAAGCUCCACUAUGGGGGGAGAUGACAUAGACAACAGCCGUAAAUCCAGCAGUGACAGUCAGAGCUUCAACAAGGUGGCGGAGCGGGUGCUGCUGCGGCUGCAGGAGAAGCUCAAGGGAGUGGAAGAGGGAACGGUGCUCAGCGUGGGAGGACAGGUCAACCUGCUCAUCCAGCAAGCCAUGGACCCCAAAAACCUUAGCAGACUUUUCCCAGGAUGGCAGGCCUGGGUGUAGACUGGAAAAAAGUGAUAUCAGGGAAAAAGUGCAAAAGAAAAAGUUUAUUUUGGCUGAAAAAAAGAGAGGUGGGAAUUUUUAUUCCUUUCUGUACGACUCUAAUAAAACUGACUCAACAGAUCAACAUUAGGAAUGAAGCCAAAUCACAAAAAUUAUUAAAAAGACCAAAUAACUUUGUGUGUGUGUUUGGAAGGCUGACAUGUUUGUUGUGCAUGUUUUAUGUUUCACCCAGAUGAAUGUGAAUGUUGCUAAGUGACUGUAUGAAUGUGAAGUACCAUUUAAAGCCUUCUCCAGGCGUCAUUUCAUGUCUGUUCUUUAUUAUCAGGUAAAAUGUUUUUGUUCUUUUCCUGUGCAUUGAAUAUAAGGCUGCUUUGUCAAAUGAGUACUGUAUCAUUAAAUAAAUAAAAAAGCAGUCAAUCCAAAA